GUAAACUUGAUGAAGUAUACUCAACUGGACAAGGCCCUGUCAUCAAUCUGGACCUACCUACCAUUCAAGCUCAACUCUCUAUCCGUAUGGGCACCCAAGCCCGUGAAUCCCGCUCCCAACACGGAGGACGACGAGAGAAUCUAUCCGGACGAAGCUAUUCCAAACAAGCAUCUAACCCCAUUGCUAGCUCUUCCGCCUCAAGUUCCAACACUAAAUAUAAACCUCAGGACCAGGACUCACGCAAACCAAAGACCCGUUGUGAUUGGUGUGGUCAUUUCCACCCAAUGCCUUGCCUCUACAAGAACCCUGAGAAAGCCUCUGAGCAUUGGCGCCGAGCCAAUAAAAAUACUAUUGAAGCUAUUCGUGCUUUACACACUGCUAAAGAAUCUUCCACUGCUUCAUUCUCUGAAGCAGAAACCAAUGAACUGGUACCAUGGACUUCUUCAGCUGCAAAAACAGCCAUUGCUAAAUCAGCCCAAUCUCUCCAAGCUUCAUGGUAUCUUGAUAGCUGUGCUUCAUUCCAUGUUACACCCCAUCAAGCUUUCUUCACGUCCUAUAAAACAUUGAGAAAGGAGGACCUUACUCCAGCGGAUUAUAUUGAAGAUGCUCAAGGGAAGAUUUCCAAACCUCAUGGUAUUGGCACCGUCGUCAUUGAUAUUGGAACCGGAUCCUUGAUCCUUAGGGAUGUACGACAUGUUCCAUCCUUCAAUUCCAACUUAAUCUCCAUGGGAAUGCUUCUCAAACAAGGUUUUCGUAUCGAAUUCCCUUCCAGCUCUCAAGUAGCACAAAUCACAACCUCUUCUGGUGCAGAAUUUGAAGCCAUUUUGAAUACCAACAAUGUAUUCAUCCUAUCAGAUUGCAUUUCUCCCGACGAGAGCUCCUAUGCCUUUGUCACCACCCGGUCUGGCAAAGAGGCCAACCGACCAGGGGACCCUCCCAGAAAGAAACCUACAACAUCCCCAAAGACUAAGAGCUCCAAAACAGCUCUACCAAUUAUGACAUGGCAUCGCCGUCUAUGCCAUUUAAACCAGCAGGAUCUUUUACGCCUUGCCGCAGAUCCUACAUCAGACAUUGAAAUCAAAGGUUCCAAAGAACUACCACUUUGUGAAGCCUGCAUCCAGGGCAAGCAAACUCGCCAAUACAGCAAAACACCAAGAUCCCGUAUGACUGCACCACUAGCCCGAGUCCACAUAGACCUUGCUGGUGGCGGCCGAACACUAGAUAUAGAGAAGCUAGAUAUGCCUCUACCUUCACGUACAGGAGCCAAAUAUGUGAUGCUUAUUACUGAUGACGCUACACGUUACCGUUGGGUCCACUACCUAACUGAAAGAUCUGCUGCAAUUGAUGCAUUUCGGGGUUGGCUACAACAGAUGAAGAAUCACCAUUUCCCUGCCCCAGCCUAUAUUGUCUCUGACAAUGAAUUCUGUUCAGCUGAAUGGCAGAAAACCUACCGUCAGGAAGGCAUUGAAUGGCAACCAAGUUCUCCAUAUUCCCCUUGGCAAAACGGUGUCAGUGAGCGCAGCAUACGCAUACUCUUUGACCGUGCUCGGACAUUAAUGCUUGACGCUCCCCAUAUACCACAGCGAUUUUGGGUUGAUGCUUUAAAAUAUGCAUCAGAUAUAACAAACCGCCUCCCAACAUCCACAAUCCUAUUCAAUUCACCUAUCCCUGGGGGGGUCAAUACCAACACAAAAAUCAGCCCAAGCCCAUAUAAAUCGCCUCUGGCUGCCUGGACCAACUCACCAACUAGUAUCAACAAAUACCGACGUUGGGGCUGCCCUGUCUGGGUUCAUCGACAUGGCUCAGAUAAGCCUAUAAACAAGUUCGAUUCCCAUUCUAAAUGCUGCUUCAUGAUCGGCCAAAUCAGUAGCCAACAAUACAGAGUGUGGGACCCUAAAACAGACGCCAUUUUUUCAACCAAUGACACUAUAUUUGAUGAAGAAUAUGAGGAUCCCACAACUACACCUCCACAAGCUACUGUUCCUGAAGAUCCAAGUACUCCUAAUAAAGAAGAUACAAACCAACCCGUUGAAGAUGAAGACCAGGAAAUAUGGCUUCGACCCGCCAAAGGCAUGUCCCUAGCCUAUCUCACCGCUUCAACCACUCCUUCAUCUGAAGAUGACACGCCUACUUCCUAUAAGCAGGCUAUAUCUCAUCCUGAUGCCACCAAGUGGCAAGCAGCCAUGCAAAAAGAAGUCAACCAACUCAAAGAAAAAGGCUGCUGGCAACUUAUCCGCCGCUCUGACCUACCACCAGGGACCAAGGUCAUCCCUGGCCGGUGGGUAUACAAAAAGAAAGAAAUCCCUGGUACCCCUAUUACAAGGGACUACCAAGCUAAAGCUCGCUGGGUGAUCCGUGGAAAUCUACUUGACAAGGACUUCAUGGAAUCAUACGCCCCAGUGGUAGAUGAAAAUACCACUAGAACCCUUACAGCACUGGCCACUCUACUUGGCUGGCAUACUCGAAAGGCAGAUGCCAUCCUUGCUUUCCUAAAUGGAAAAAUGCCCACAGAUAAACGUGUCUUUAUGACCCAAGUUCAGGGAUUCAAAGAAGGCUCUGGAGACCUGGUUUGUGAACUCCGCCAGUCCCUCUAUGGACUAAUCCCAUCUGCCCGUAUCUGGUAUGAUACACUAAAUGCUUUCUUACGACAAAUUGGCUUCAAAAGCUCCGAAUACGACUCUGGUCUCUGGAUCCAUACCACCCAGACCCAACUCUAUGUGACUACCCAUGUGGAUGACUUCAAAGUCUAUGCUAAGCAUGAGAACGAUGCCACUUGGUUUAUGGAGUCUCUUUCUGCUAAAUUUGACAUAAAAGAAGUUGGAAACUCUACCAAAUACCUUGGCAUGGCCACCUCUCAAUCCAAGACCACAUAUACUCUCUCCCAGGCCAAUUAUGCUGAAGACGUGGUUGCCUCUUUUGGCCAAGCACAAGCACACCCUGUUGGGAUCCCCAUGGAUCCUAGUUUAAUAAUUGAUGAUGACCCAGACCCUACAGUGAACAUCAAAGAAUAUCAACGUGGUGUAGGCUGCCUUACUUGGCUAGCCACCAAAACCCGACCUGAUCUUAGCCGGACAGUUGGCGUACUAUCCCAAUAUCACGCCAAACCUACCCAAAAGGCAUGGCGUGCCCUUAUACACGCUAUACGCUACCUUAAAGGCUCCAUUAACCGACAAAUUACCUACCAUAAGGCCACGGAACCCAUUACAUCUGACCUCCUCAUGCCCAGAUGUUAUACUGAUUCUGAUUGGGGUGGUCAACUGACAGGCAAUCGCCGGUCAGUAUCUGGAUAUAUAUUUCUGCUUGCCGGGGCCCCAAUUGCCUGGAAAAGCCGCAAGCAAACGUCCGUUGCACUUAGCUCCAACGAAGCUGAGUAUAUGGCUCUAAGUGAAGCCAGCCGAGAUGCCCUUUGGCUCCGGAACCUCAUCAACGAGCUCAACGUGCUCCCUACUGAAUGCCCGCCAAUUACUCUCUAUAUCGAUAAUCAAGGUGCACACGCCAUGGCUGAAGCUGAGCUCACCACCAAGAGAUCCAAACACAUCGAUAUACGUUACCAUUACGUUCGGGAGAAGAUCCAAGACGGUAUUGUUAAACUCCAGGCCUGCCCUACCAAAGAACAAGCAGCAGACGGCCUGACCAAACCUCUCCGAACUGAACAAUUUGAUCAUUUCCUACAACUCACUGGCAUAAGCUAAGCCGCGUAUAUCUCCCCCAUUUUGGAUAUAUUUUCUAUUUUGAUAUACGGCAUUCGAUUGGCUAAAGCAGAACCUUCAUUCCUCUGUUUAUUUUUGCAUAUAUUCACUCAUUUGAAGGCCCGAAUAGAGGCCGAUUUCUGUAUUUAGAUUGAUUCCAUAGUUUGUAGGCUGCUCGUGCGUGGGGGGGUGUUAGUACACGUGAGGUUCUGCCGUCCUAGACCGCCCUCGCUACCUAUCUCACGGCACAGGCAGGCCUACCUAGUAAUACGACCAUACAUGCGCCUAUCCAUUAAUGCCAAGGCAGGGUCCUCCAGGUCGGGACCUCCACCUCCACCGGCAACACCGCGUCGAAACCAACAACAUAAUGAAACGGCGACAUCCCAAUCCCAUCGCGAAUGGUGACUAUUUCUGACCAGAGAAGUGCUGGGAGAUGCUUGUCCCAGCCCUUGGCAAAGCCCGCAGUGAGCUUCCUCAGGCCAAGAAUGAACAUGCGAUGCGCGACCUCGAUAAAACCAUUGGCCUGCGAAUUGUACGGUGAGAUUGUAAUGUGCUUCACCUUAAACCUCUUCAUAAGCUCCCUAAAGACCUCCUCCACUCUGGACCACAAGUUUGAAUAAUACUUCUUCAGAACCUUCAACCGCCAGUCCCCAUUUCUAACUGGUGCCGCCCCUGUUGGAUCAGGUUUGUUUACUGGCAGGACCUUACCUGCUUUCCUUUUGUAUUUGGUGUGUACCAAAUACUGCUGUCUCAGUGUCACCAAGUCCACACGUCGGCUUAUCCGUGGCUCUAUUCCACUUCCAUCCCAGCAAAGGGCCGGCUGGAACCGCACUUCCCGUACUGGAGCCAUUUUCUCCAACUCCGCAAUAUUCGUGUAUGUCCGUUCUCCAACAUCACGUGACAUAACAUCCGCCAUACUUUGGUAUGAUGGCCUUGAGCCCCUCCGUCCGCUGGGUCCUGGGCUCGGUACAAACCCAGCGGCUAGUUUCCCGGCUCCUCUCCAAUUAACCUCCGAUCUUCGAAAACGUCCCUCCGGGUCUCCAUCCUACGCGUUCCGGGGGUGAAAACCUUCAUUCUCGCGACCUUCGUCCUGUCCAUUGAAUAAAUCGUUGUGAUGACCGCCCCGGAAGCUGUGUUCGUGUGCGCCAUACGGCUCAUGUGUUCAAACGGUCUCCCCAACACCACGGCAUGUCCGCCGCGCGUGUCCACAAUGAAGAAAGGGACAUAAUAUUGGAAACUCCCAAUCCGUACUGGGACCCGCUCGCAGAUUCCAACAAACGGCGUGAGACCCCCGUUGGCACUUCUCAUCGUUCCUUUGGCGUGCAGAGUGACUGGCAGCGCAUGUUUUUCCGCUAGCCAGGCUUGCAUCACAUUGAUUUCCGCACCUCCAUCCAGCAAUGCCUGAACCCUUUGUGGAUCCUCCAGUAUCUGGAUCCACGCCGCUAGAGUUCCACAGACAUAUAACGGAGGUUCUUCAUCAUCAUACCCCGUUUCUUCCAAAUCCAUCUGGUUCGCCUUGCGGCUUCUCAUCCCUAAGUUUCCCACUCGCGCAACGACCCCUGGGUCUGUUCCUUUGCUGAAUUCGAUAGACGUUGUCACCGGCUGUCGGGUUCCUGAGAAAAGGCUCCGAUGCAGCCCAUCAGACAUCCCUAGCAGCUCCUGGAGUGACAAUGUCACCGUGGUGUUCAGAAUCCGAUUCCGUAUGUCCUUAAUGUCCGUUGAAUUCUUCAGCUCAUCCGCCAAUUUGUUAAGCUUAGCUUUCGGAGCAUCUUUCCUCUGGGGAACUCUUGCUUUUGGGGCCCCAAAGGAUCUUCUCAAACCUUCCUCCACAUCCCUAACUCGGUAGUCCGGUCGAUCUUCCAUCUCCACAUCUGCGUCAGGUUCAUCAAUUUCCUCAUAUCUUCCUGGACGGACUGUCUUCAAGAUGGGAAUUUCUUCUUCCCUCCUAGCCACAUCGUCCAGUGCACGUCGCUUAGGGUCUGCACGCCCCUCUGGGGUUAUCUUUCUCUUUUCCGCAUUGACCAGCGCAUUAACCUCCAUUUCAACAAAGCUUUCCAUAAAUCCUUCUUCAUCUUCCUCCUCCACUUCCUCAAUGUACGCAGUUUCUUUUAACAUGUUGUGUACAUAACCCAUUGCACUAUUUCCAGUCUGGUGCUGUUUUCCAUAUUCCUCAAUGGACUCCUUCAUGCUCUUACCAUUGGUAAUUACCCUUACCACCUCUCCGGCUCCUCCAAUUGGUCCAUAACGGACUUUGGCAUCUUCAGCAAUAUGGCAUAGACCCUGGGCAGCCAAUGCUUGGUACCGUGGACAUGUCCCCCGUAUGUUGGUGUGACCCGUUUCCAGACAGAACCGGCAUUGGUCACCCGCGAUUGGCACAUAGCCCCGUCGGUUGGGUAUGUCAUUUAGCCCAUGUCUUCGGAAGUCAUUCUGUCUCACCUCCAUGAGGCUGAUUUCCAUUUUCCUCAUCCGUUCAGCCAGGUCAUCUAGCGUUUCCUGGUGUCUCGUUCCCGGGGCUGUUCUUGGCACCUGCCGCUUCCCUGUAGACACUGGUUCUCUGUCCUCUGGCUGUCGUUGUUCAUCUGGGACUCGCCCAUCUGGCUGCACAACUACUAAGCUAUGCGCAGCUGACACUUCCCCUGCGAAGUUCACAUGCUUCCCUUCACGACCCUGCCGAAUUAACUUUAAUCCAGCCACUUCCUCCAGAUAUUCUUCAACUGCCUCCCGGGCCCUUGCGAACUUCAUAGUCUCGAACUUCUGAGGGCUAAUCUUCGCCCUCCUUACCACUUCAACCUGCACCUCCUCCGGCAGACCCUGCAGGAACAUCUCUGUUCUCAAGAAUUCCACCAGCUGGCCUCGGCGCAUCAGUUCACCAGAGACGUUGCUAAAUUCGCGAACAUACUUGGUCAAGUUGUCAUCUGUUGACCGUUUCUGAGCAACAAACCUGCUAAGCCAGCCUAUGUUGAGCUUGGCCUGUGCUGAAUCCUGGUCCCGAUACUCCUCUAGGAGCCGCUUCUCCAAUCCUUCAUAGUCCUUCCUCUCAUAUUCAGGGAGACUCUCUACCCACUCACACACACUUACUGAUACAUAAUCACACAGGGCACCUAUCUUGUCCUCCUCUCGCGUGAUUCCAUGGUUCCUAAACAACGAAUGUAAGGUCCUCAAGAAUUCACUGACCUCCUUACCAUUGAAUGUUGGGGCUCCAGAAGUUCCUCGCAACGGCAGACCUCUGGGUGUCCCCAACAGUUUCUCCAACAUCUGCAUCAUCAACAUCGGCAUGCCUUCCGGCUGCCACAUUCCAGACAAGCUCGGAGUAGUGGGCAUUGCGGCCGGCGCCGGUAUUCCCUUUGCAUCGCCCGGUGUAAGAAGUGGACUCCCUUGUUCCACAUGCACCGGGAGAGGCCGAUGCUCCGAGCGGUCGCUCUCUGACGACAUCUCCUUACCAAAAGUUUUCACCACUCCCGCACUCUCCCGUGUCCCAAUCUCUCCGGGAAAAGCCUCUCAGUUGAUUAUUUUCCCAAGAAUCCCUAGCCAGGGUGCUUCCCACGCGCCCUAGAACCCAAAGCGAAGUUCGCAAGCGCCAACAAGCGUAGGCCUUCCCGGGGACGCCAAUAUGUAAAGGGGGGCGUACGUGCGUUGUUCCCUGCGACAGGAACCGGGUUGUGAUCGAGGGAUCUCAGGAAUGGACACACUGAACAAUCUAGCAAAACGAUAUAACGAUAAACGAAAACACAACGACGAAGGAGCCUCGCUCCGCUCUAUACGACGAUAACGAUACUAGUGAAGCAACCUAGAAACCAAAAGAAUGCUCUCUUUUUCGUAACUAUCUGGGAGGGAACCCUCCAUUAAGUACUCCGGCCGUGGGCUCCACCAUACAUUAGUAUGUCGGAGUCGGCGGUUCUACGGUGUUCCAAGAUAGGAAAUAUGGGAGAUCCGGGGUUUCGCAGUGCCCCCGGCACAGUAUAGGAAUUAAGUAUAAUAAAAAAGAAAGAAAAUUAGGAAUGAUUAAGAAAGAUUAAAGAAAUAAUAUGAGAGAGAGAUAAAAUGGUUAGGGUUAAGAAUAGGAUAUAUAUGAGAAAUAAAAUAUAAAAAAGAUGAUUUUUUAUAAUUAAAGAAGGAAGUGGUUAGGGAUAAUAAUAUUAAGUGAUAUUAGAGAAGAUGUGUAUAAGAAU